AUGAAAGGGUUAAAAAAGUAUAUCGACUUUGAUGAAAGUGUUAUUUCUAUUGAAGAAUAUAGAGACAAAAUGAGUACAUUUAAUUGUAAUCAGUAUGAAGAAAUAAAGAAUAACACACUAAAAAAAUACAAAAAACCACCUUCAUCUGCACCGUUUAAUAUAAUAGAUUAUAGAACAGAAGAAAAGAAAAAAACUACUAGAAGAGUAUUUAAUGAAGUUCAUACUCUUAAACACAAAGACAAAAUUAACAAAGAGAUAAUUAUUCAAUUUGUUCAUCAUUAUCAAGGAAAUUCUAGUUGUACAGAAUUUCAAAUGACUAUGUAUUUAAAUGAUAAUGGUGAAUUUAAAUGGCUGCCAAAACACAAAUCUUAUUUUCUUUCGGUAAUAAAAGGGUUUUCAUUUCAAUUAGUUGUUGUAAAUGAAACUAUUGAAUGCAUUAGUGUUUUUACCCAGCACUGUAUUUGUAGUGUUAUCAAUCCAACUAAUUUGUAUAUUACUUUUAACAUUAAUAACUCCUCAAAUCAACUUAAAUGUCUUUGGACUGUUUGUUUCUUUCACUUUCAUUCUUCUUUUUAA